AUGAAGAAUGUAUUUGAUGACCCAGAAUUUACCAAAUUUUAACUCAAGUAAUUGAUGACUAUGGAUCUACAAGAUCAAACAGGUUAUAUGUAUAAAAUGAUGGAAUAUAUCUCCAAAGUUCAUUAGAACUACUUCAAAAGGUUGACUGAUUCUCUACUUGAUGUUUAAAGAAGGAACAUUUAAAUUUAUCCUAGAUUUUACAAGAAAUUCGAAUUGAAACGCUCAAAAAUAUUGGAAAAUAAGUUGAUAAAACAAGAACAUAUUAAAGAAGUUAAUCUUUAACUUAAAGUUGAUGAUAAUCAAAAUAAGAGAGAUAAAAAUUAAAUUAAUCUUACCUUUGAUAAAAAUAAAGACACUUACUUUUGCAUCACAGAUUUUAAUACAUAUUAUUUGAACUAGUUUUAAUAUUAUGAAUAUAGCUUUGAUGUAAAAUUGGAUACAGCAUAUUGUAAUCCAUCAACCUUUUAACUUUUUAAGACAGGAUGGGUUAAUUCUGGUAUAUAUGAUAAGUAAUCUAAAAGGUUUAGUAUAUUUGAAGAUAUUGAUUGA